AGAAGAAUCUGUGUGUGACAUCAUAAAGGAGGGUUUUAACUUGGUACAUUCAGAGACUAUAAAAGGCCCACCAGCAGCAGCAGCACCACUUCAGUCUUUUCAGAGCUACUGCUGAGGACACACCACUGUCUUUAGACACCCAAGUAAGUUUGACCAAACCCUUUUUUUCACUCAAAUGAUGAACAGAAGAAACGUGUCGUGGUACGACUCACAUCUACACCCAGAAGAAAUGGAUUAUGAGUCAGACAUGGACUUUGUUUCUGACAGUGAGGGUGAAAACUCAGAACUACUCUCAGAAAUUGAAGAGAUGGAAAAUGAUAUGUUUGAUGAAAACGUGUCGUGGUACGACUCACGUCUACACCCAGAAGAAAUGGAUUAUGAGUCAGACAUGGAAAAUGAUAUGUUUGAUGAAACAGAACAUAAAUCCGUCUUUGAUGCUGAGGUAGAGUCUCUUCAAUAUGAGACUAAAUUACCUGCUGAAAUGGAGUUCCCUGGAUCUGAGACGGUCUACUCUGAUUCUGAGACGAUGGUCCCUAGAUCUCAGAUGGUUCAGCGGGAAUUAGCUGGUUUUAAACGCCCAAGAAAGCCACAACAACCCCUUACUUUCGGUGAAAUGACGAACAGCACAAACAUGUCCUGGUACGACUUAUGUGUCAACAACGUAGAAGUGGAUUAUGAUUUAGUCAUCGACUUUAGUUCUGAUGGUGAGAACGAAAAGUCAGAUCUACUGUCUACAACUACAGAGAUGGAGUCUGAGAUGCCAGAACAAACAUCUGUCUUUGAUGCUGAGAAAGAGUCUCUUCUUAAUGAGACUCAUUUAUCUGCUGAACUGGAAAUCUCUGGAUCUGAGACGGUUGUCCCUAGACCUCAGGCGGUUCAGCAGGAAUUAGUUGAUUUUAAAAGCAGGCAAAUUGAUGACCUUUUGAAACAAGUGGAUCAUUUGAAAGAAAACCUGCAGAAUAUAAAUACUUGUUUCAAUCAGGAGGAGAAGAGGCUUGCUGCAAAGAACCAGUGUGUGCUUUACAAGGAGCAAACUAAAGAGAUGGAGAACAGUUUGGUUCAGCAGCAACAAAAGCUGGUGGCUUUAGAAAAGCAGUUACAGGAGCAGAAAAACGUGAAUGAAGAUUUACAAGAAAUCUGCUCAGAUCUAAAAAGUGAGACAGACGAGUCCCGUUUUUCUGGAGUCUCGAGAGACGUUCUGAUCGAGAACUUUAAAAAACUGGAGGAACGACAUUUGGACUUAGAAGCAAUGUUUAGCAGAGAAAAAGAUGAGAAAAUCAGCGUAGAACAGAAGUUGACUGACAAGCUGGAGAAUUUAAAGGAGCAGCUUUCAGAAAAGGACAUUUUCAUCAAAAAUCUGCAAACAGAUUUAGAUCAAGAACGUCGGUUCAGACUCGUUAGUGUCCAGGAGCAGAAGAACGCCCAGCAUAAAGUCACCGUCAACGAGAACUAUAAGAAGGAGAUCAAAGAUCUUAAGAAAAGAACCGGGUACCUCUCUGAGUUGCUGGACAACAUUAAAACGGAUAUGAAGUACACAGAGAGGAUACUUCUGGAAGAACGAAAUGAUUUUAAACAUCAGCUCAAACAGAAGAAUCUAAUCUGUGAAAGUUUAGAGAAACGUUUGAACAAAGAAAACGAGCUCCGUCUGACCUGUGAGGAAGAACUCAAAAAAACUAAAGAUCAAAUGAGUUCAAUGAACGGAAAUCUCAAGAAGGAGAUCAAAGACCUGACUCAGAGCAACUCAGAACUCAGAGUGGUUGUGGAAAACCUGACUGCUGAGAAUGCUGCAUCUCACCAGGAGUUGGCUGAUCAGCAGGAGAGAGUCAAACAUCAACUCCAGGAUAAAUCUGUCGUCUGUGACCUUUUGAAACAAGUGGAUCAUUUGAAAGAAAAACUGCAGAACAGAAAUACUUGUUUCAAUCAGGAGAGGGAGAAGAGGAUUGCUGCAGAGAACCAGUGUGCGCUUUACAAGGAGCAAACUAAAGAGAUGGAGAACGGUUUGGUUCAGCAGCAACAAAAGCUGGUGGCUUUAGAAAAGCAGUUACAGGAGCAGAAAAACGUGAAUAAAGAUUUACAAGAAAUCUGCUCAGAUCUACAAGGUGAGACAGACGAGUCUCGUUUUUCUGGAGUCUCGAGAAACGAUCUGAUCGAGAACUUUGAAAAACUGGAGGAACGACAUUUGGACUUAGAAGCGAUGUUUAGCAGAGAAAAAGAUGAGAAAAUCAGCGUAGAACAGAAGUUGACUGACAAGCUGGAGAAUUUAAAGGAGCAGCUUUCAGAAAAGAACGUUUUCAUCGAAAAUCUGCAAACUGAUUUAGAUCAAGAACGUCGGUUCAGACUCGUUAGUGUCCAGGAGCAGAAGACCGCUCAGCAUAAAGUCACCGUCAACGAGAACUAUAAGAAGGAAAUGAAAGAUCUUAAGAAAAGGAACGGUGACCUCUCUGAGAUGCUGGACAACGUUAAAACGGAUAUGAAGAACAGAGACAGGAAACGUCUGGAAGAGCAAAAUAAUUUUAAGCAUCAGCUCAAACAGAAGAAGGUAAUCUGUGAAAGUUUAGAGAAACGUUUGAACAAAGAAAACGAGCUCCGCCUGACCUGUGAGGAAGAACUCAAAAAAACUAAAGAUCAAAUGAGUUCAAUGAACGGAAAUCUCAAGAAGGAGAUUAACGACCUGAAACAGAAGAACUUGGAGCUCAGUCAGACGCUGAGAAGUGGUCAGGCUGUAGAAACUAAAUCAGAACAGAUGUGUGAGGAUCUGCAGAAGUUUAAACAGCUGCUCCAUGAAAAAAUAUCCAUCUGUGAAGAACUUAGCAGCAGUCUGGACAUGGAGAAGCAGCUCAGAGUUAGCUACGAGGCUCAGCUGGACUCUAACAGGGCAAUAGUCUGUGAGAACUCAGAUCUUAAAGAGCAGAUCAAAGAUCUGACUCAGAGCAACUCAGAACUCAGAGUGGCCGUGGAAAACCUGACCGCUGAGAACGCUGCUUCUCACCAGGAGUUGGCUGAACAGCUGGAGAGAGUCAAACAUCAACUCCAAGAUAAAUCUUUCGUCUGUGAAAACCUGGAAACAGGUUUCACCAACGAACAGAAGCUCAGACUCCAGCUGUACCAGCAACUCCAGGAAACAUCUGGCCUGUGUGAGAGCCUAGACGUGGUCAGUGCAGUCCUAAAGAAUGUCUGUAAAGUCAUCGUUAACCUCCAGUUAGAUCAGCUUAGAAGCAAAAAGCAGCACGAGCAAGAGUUGGGAAUCCUGAAGGAACAAGUCUCUGAACUCGAGUCACUGACUACAACUCUGGAAAGUCAAAAUCUGAUCUUGAGACUAAAGACUGAGCGUUUUAACCCAGAUCAGCAAACCGAAACGAUCAGUGAGCAGAACGUGGACGCUGCAGAAGGAAACAAGAGUCUUCCUGCUGAAAACGACUCUUUAGCAGAAAGCCUCGAGUCCCAGAGAGACGCUCCACACUCAGACACAAAAAAACAGGAAAAAGUUUCUGUGUGGAGGCAUUUCAAGAAAUUUGUAACCCCGGGAUGUCUCCGUCAGCACAAAAACAAACAACCUAGCAACUAACCUCCCUGCUGACAAAUCAGAAAAGGCUAAUUAGAAGACAUCCCAUCUCCUGGUGGCAGUGGGCAGCACUGUCCAGGAUGAAUCUGAGAAGUUAAACCAGCCACUGCCUCCCCAAAGACCCUGUUUAGAUAAA